AUGCCUCCCAAGAGGCGCGGAGCUCCCGUCAGCACCUCCGCAGGCCCCAAGCGCGCGCGCCAGUCCAAGCUCGCUAAAGAAAACGACAUCACCGGUGACCAAGAGAACGAAAUCAAGGAAGUAUUCCAGCUCUUCGCGAACGCGCACGAAGACUUCCCCGGCGAGAAAGAGGGCGUCAUCCCGCGCGAAGAUGUGCGCAAGGCUAUGGUAGCCCUCGGCCUCCCUCCAAAUGACUCAACCGAACUCGCUGAAAUCCUCUCCGCGCUCGAUCCAACCCUAACAGGCCAAGUCCCCUACAGCCCUUUCGUCUCCGUAUGCGCCGCGAAACUGCGUUCGCGCGACGACGACGCCAUGGUCGCGGAGGUCGAUGACGCAUAUCAGCUCUUCACGCGCGGGGGCAAUGGGCCGAUCUCGCUCGGUCAUUUGCGGCGCAUUGCGCGCGAGUUGAAGGAGGAUUCGGUGGGUGAUGAGCUGCUUAAGGAUAUGAUUCUUGAAGCGAACGGUGGCGCGGGAUUGAGUGCUGGUGUCACGCUGGAGCAGUUUCAUGAUGUUAUGUCGCGGGCGGGAGUUUUCUAG